AUGGCUGACGAGGUGGAAAUAAAAACUUACUUUAAGCUGGUGGACGUGGUCAAGUGGAUUGGCAUCACACAGUUCGAGAUACUGAUGAAUCUGCUCGCGUUUCUCGUGUUCAGUAUAAUCCUUACGGUGAAGGCCACAACCGGGGCCCUUGCCGGACCGAUUAGCACCAGCGAGUGGUUGGUUAUAUUUUCGCCACUGUUCUGUGGAGAUUUCUGCAACGCGUAUUUCUGUGUCAUCGUUGGCAUCCGCAUGUAUCUGGGCAACAAACACCGGCAGGCAAUGCAUCGACUUUCGUGGAGUAUCCAUUUUCUGCUGCUUACUGCUGGGUUUAAGUAUUUGGUGUGCAUGAAACUGUCCGGCCAGAGUGGACUCGAGUAUAGCGAGGUGUUUUCGCCAAUUUUUGUCCUGCUGCAGCUGAUUGCGGUGAAAGCAUGUCAAUUCAAGCAGCAAUCGUGAUGCGGUGAAGAGGAUGAUAGUGGGCUGGGUUUGUGCACUUGGGACUUUAUAUCGCUUUGAAAAAUAUAUGUUGGUGAUAAGUUA